AUGUCUUCCACUGGCUCCAACGGGGCCUCCCAGCAACCUCAGGUCCAGCCCUGCAGGUACAAGGUCGGCAAGACGCUGGGUGCCGGAUCGUACUCCGUCGUCAAAGAAUGCGUCCACAUCGAUACUGGUCGCUACUACGCCGCAAAGGUCAUCAACAAGCGAUUGAUGGCCGGCAGAGAACACAUGGUUCGUAACGAGAUCGCAGUGCUGAAAAAGGUCUCGAUGGGCCACCAGAAUAUCCUAACCCUCGUCGACUACUUCGAGACCAUGAACAACCUCUACCUCGUCACCGACUUGGCUCUCGGCGGUGAGCUCUUCGACCGAAUCUGCCGUAAAGGUAGCUAUUACGAGUCCGACGCUGCCGACCUCAUCCGCGCCACCCUCUCCGCAGUAGCUUACCUGCACGACCACGGCAUCGUUCACCGUGACCUGAAGCCCGAGAACCUCCUUUUCCGCACACCAGAGGACAAUGCAGACCUCCUGAUUGCCGACUUCGGCCUGAGCCGCAUCAUGGACGAGGAGCAGUUCCACGUCCUGACCACGACAUGUGGUACCCCUGGCUAUAUGGCCCCUGAAAUCUUCAAGAAGGUUGGCCACGGGAAGCCCGUCGAUAUCUGGGCCCUCGGCGUCAUCACCUACUUCCUUCUGUGCGGUUACACGCCGUUCGACCGAGACAGCGACUUCGAGGAGAUGCAAGCCAUCCUAAACGCCGACUACUGCUUCGAACCCUUCGAAUACUGGCGUGGGGUCUCCGACCAUGCCAAGGACUUCAUCCGUCUCUGCCUCACCAUCGACCCGAAGAAGCGCAUGACGGCGCAUGACGCCCUGCAGCACCCUUUCGUCGCCGGCUACCUCAAUAGCGGCGAAGGCGAGGGCCAGAACCUACUGCCAAACGUCAAGAAGAACUUCAACGCGCGCAGGACGCUACACGCUGCAAUCGAUACCGUGCGCGCCAUCAACAAGCUCCGCGAGGGUCAGGCCAACCUGAUGGAUGGCGCCAGAUCGCGCGAGCCUGCCCGGGGCGCCGCGGCUAUGAAGGCUCAACCCAACUUGAGGAAAGACGACAGCGCCAUCAGCGUGGGCAGCCAGCGCGAUAAGGAUUCGGGCUAUGGCACACAACCUAAGGCUGACGCUGACAGCCAGAAUGAUGUCGUAAUGACAGAUGCCGGACCCACGCCGAGCAGUGUGCCAGCAAGCCUGCGGCCAGGCAACGAGCAGAACAAGGUGAUCGAGACGAGCAAGGGGCUCUGGAGUGGUCCCGCGUUGCGACGAUAG